AUGGACUCUCAGUCGAACUUCGAGACCCCGAGGAUCAUCGAAACAGAACGCGGGAAGCGUAAGCUCGCCUACCAGGGACACAUGUAUACUCAGGAUAGGAAGAACUCGUCGGGAACUGUGCAAUUCUGGCGCUGCGAGUUCAAGGAUAAGUGCAAAGCUCGGUUGCACACAGCUGUUUUCGUCAUUUUGGCUGACCGUGGAGGGUAUGCAAUUCCGCUCUGCUACGCCCUCCUUCCAAACAAAUCGGAAAACUCGUACCGCCGCAUGAUCGAUCUUGUCAUGGGAGCCUUCCCGUCGCUGAACCCAGCUUCGAUCGCCAUGGAUUUCGAGAUGGCUGUCAUCAACGCUUUCAUCGCGGCUUUCCCGAAUGCCGAAAUUCACGGUUGCUUAUUCCAUUUGGUCAAAAAUGUGAAGAAAAAGCUAUCGUCCUUGAAUCUUCUGCAACGCUACAAUGCAGAUUCGAAUUUCUCGCUCUGGUCUCGAAUGAUCCCGGCGAUGGCCUUCGUGAGAGAAGAUCUCCUUGACAGAUCAAUGAUGGCUCUUCUGGAAGUCUUACCAGAAGAGUUGAAACCCGUCUACACUUACUUCGAGCUUACCCGCACCAACAACUUCGCUGAAGCUGCUCAUCGAAAACUCCAGGGGGCUUUCGGCGUCUGCCAUCCUUCAAUCUGGAAGUUCAUCGAUGGUCUUCGGCAUGUGCAGCACAAGGCAGACGCCGAGCUCGAGCGAUACAAUAUAGGAUCUGCGCGGGCUCCAGAAAGACGCAGACAUCUGAAUGCGGACGCCAAUUUGCCCUAG